AUGGCACUCCUGCGCCCACUGCAGCCCGAAGAGCCGCUGCUAGACCUCGGAGUUGAAUCUGGGCCUCAUAAGCCUAUUGAAGGCAUUCCCGUUCUGGACGGCGUGGGUUGCCCCUUGUGUCAGGCUUGCUUCACCACAAAAGGCAGUCUGUGGCAUCACAUCGUAGCCGAGCAUCCCGACGAAUCAGAGGCCAAGCAGCCGCCUCGACGCGUCAAGCUGCAAAAGCCGUUGCGAGGUGCCGGAGCCCGCUGUAUCGAGGUCAUUGUCGAAGAAGGCCACGAUGCCUCGGCAGCCGACGUCAGCGAAAACGAGGAAGAGCUGGAGGAGCAGCAGCGGUUCAAGCAGCUGAUCUCCAGCACUCAGGCCAUGGCGUCAGAGGCCGAGGAGAAGCGCUGCCCGCACGGCGUUCACCAGAUGCACCCGUUCUACGAUAGCGUGGGCAUGACGCUGAUCCUGAGCGAGCUGACCCCAGAGCAAAUUCUCAAGCUGGGCCACGACACCCCACCCGCACCACUUCUGUCAGGCAUGCACGAGCUCUUCUGGGAGGCCCACGCACAACUGUCCCAGCACGGUCUGGCGGCUGCUUCCGUGGCGUCCUUGUUCGAAGAUGAAGAGUUUCAAGUUGAGCCACAAUCUUUACCCCAAGUAUCUCCUGACACGAUGGGCAGAUACCUGAACAUUGGGGCGCGCCUAGUGCAUUUUUUACUGCUACUGAACGCGAUGCCAGCCCCCGAGCCAUCCAGCUUUUUGAGCCAGGUGCUUGCCAGCCGUGGGCAGGCCAUAACUACAGCUGCCUUGGCCGUGCAAGAGGGGCUGGAUGCGGGACUUAGCGGGGCAGAUCUUGUCGAGCCCCUCGCGACCCUGUGGCUGGCGCUGGUGAAUGCAGAGCUACACCUCUUUGACAACGACAAGGUGCACUUUGUCAAUGUGUUUUUAUUGUGCACGGCCGUGUCCAAGGGAGGCGGUGUCUUGCAGGACAUCCGGCGCUGGACCACAACGCUGGUCGGUCUGAUUUAUAUUUUCAAGCUGUUUUUGCUCCGGUUUGGCAAGGCACAGCGAUGGGCCACUGCGGGUAAACUCAGAGCUUUCCUACAACCCGGACGGCUGGUGCAUUUUUUGAGCCAGCGCAUGGCGGCGGCUCGCUCUGCCAGCACGGCCGAGGGGCAGGUUGGAGUGGAUAUUGACGUGCAAACGGACGGUGACAUGACGGACGAGGCGCUGCACACCAUUGUUUGUCAAGGUACUGAACUCAACGUGAAAGAGAUUGGGACCGCCCUGGCACAGAUGCGCAACGAUAUGAAGGAGGUCUUGGACACCCAUCUCUUGCUGGGAUCUGGUCUGCGAGAGCAACACAUUGGCGAGUAUGCUCGGCUACGGUCGAAGGAGGAUCGGACCAACAGGGUCAAGAAUUGGUUUAACCAGCUGGCGCUCACCUACACGCACAUGGCUGGAGGUCUGCCACCUCAAGCAACCGUAUAUCAAGGGCUAUCCUACAAAAAUGGCGUGGGCCGGCAACGGGCCGUGUUUUUUGCUGAAAAGCAGCUCUCCAUAUUGACUCGUCUGGGUAAAACCCACGGGCUCUCUCUAGAUGAGCAGCACGCCUAUCGGUACAUGGACGAGCAAGUCAGCAAGCUGAUUUUCAUGUAUUUGCUCUUGUGCAAGCCUCUGGAGCAAAUGCUAACCAGCUGGCUGGAGAAGCGGGGCGCUCUUCAAACCCCUCGCGAUGGCGGGCGUGGAACCUUCGACGAUGAUCAGGAAGAGGAGGAUCUAUUGGAGGACGAGGGGGAUGAAGACCACAUGAGCCACGACGAUGGCAUGACCUUGCGACGCGAGGUACAAGACGCUCAACGCCACUAUAACAACAGCCACUUGCUCUUCAACAUUGCGCCUCUGGAGACCAUGCUUAGCCCAGCCUCCAUCUACGCUGCCUUUCGUCGACAAAUGACCACCUACCUGCAUCAGCCUACGCUGGGAGUGGCAAAGUGGCGACACGCCGCGACCUUCUGGAUGACAACAUUUGUGACAAACCGGCUCUUUGCCGACCCCACAAGCACUUUGGGUAGCCUGAUGCGCACCCAGGCACAGCCCUUGGGCAACAUGGCCAAAGACUUCUUUGCUACCGCAACAAGCAACCAAUUGCAAGCCAAAAUGUCAUCACGUCUGAUGCAUCAGCUGGCCUCACAAAGCUGGCAUGCCUUUUUGGGUCUUGACCGCAAGCGCAGCGUGGCCGAGCUCACAGCCGCCAAGGAAGCUUUGGAAGUUCGCCACCCCAUAAGCUGGAGCGGGUCAUCAAAGCUUGAAGCAGGCGGGCGCAUCAUCAUGGAUACGCAAGCUGAGCAUGAUGUAACCUACAUGACCCAGCUGGCCCAGCAGGCACGCAUCUCGUGGGGCCACGGCUUUAAAAGCCAAGAACAAUUGGACCUGGCAGCGGCCAUUGACCAGCAUCGGGCCGAGGAUGGCUGGCUGAUUGUUGUCGCGCCGCUAGACAUGGACAAGACGCUUUGUACCAUGUCCAAACUGGGUUGUCACCCGCAUGCCGGCACGGUGCUGUGGAUUGUGCCUUUUGCGACCUUGGCAGACAAUUUGCUGCGGCGUUUGCAAGCGGCUGGCCACAGUGCGCAAAGGUGGCUGGGCCCCUCGACGCCGGUAGCAGCUGGCCUGGACGUGCUUAUCAUCACGACUGACAAGUUUGUUCGCGCGGGUUCUGACGCCCUGCACGCACGUGCUUGCUUUCAAGGCAUUAGGACCGUGAUUCUGGACGAGGCGCACACGCUCAUCUCUGAUGCCAGCCACCGGAACAUGAUGGCUCAAAUCGGGGCCUGCGUGGCCUCUGGCGGAUGGACCAACAUCAAGCGCGUGGCGUUGACUGAUACUUUAUGCAUGUGCGACCAAGAGCGGCUUUUUCGACAGCUGGGUCAGCAAGCAGGGGGCAAACUGUACCGCCUGGAAACGAUGCGUCACGAUGUGGAGCUGCGUGUGCAUCAUGGCGACCAGCGGGCCUUCUUGUCGCACGUGCAAGGUCUUGUAGACAGGCAGCGGAUGACGCAUCAGGCGAAUGAGGAGCGUGUGCACAUGAUGGUCUUUUGUGACACGGUGAGCGAGGUGAAGCUGUUGUGUGACCAGCUGCACGCACGCGGCUAUGCAGCCUUGCCUUACUAUGCAGACUUGGAAGAGAUGGCGCAAAAGGACCAUCUGGCACGGUGGCAACAGAGUGAAUGCGACGUCAUUGUGGCCACCAGCUGUUUGAGCACGGACGCGGACCUGUUUACCGUCCGUCACGUGCUGUGGUAUGGCAGUGGCCAUGACGUUUAUACCCUGGUACAGGCAUUUGGUCGGGCUAGCCGUGAUGGAAAGGGCGGAGCUGCCGAGCUGUGGCUGCCAGUCAGGUGCGCCCCAGCACCUGGCAUGGAAGCCUUUGUCGAGGGCAGUGUGUGUCGAAGGUGGACGCUUGGCAAAAUGUUGGAUCCCCGCGCUGUUACAUGUCUUGCCACCGGCCAGGCUCUCUGUGACGUGUGCACGCAAAUGGCGCAGGAAGUGCAGCCAAGCAUCGCCGCACACAGUGAACAUGUCACUCGAUCGGGCGAGACUGCACUGGAACCAGUGAUGGCUGAUGCAUCGCCACGGCCAAGUGCUGAACGACUUGAUGCAGAUAUCGCAGAGCCUAUGCCUGUGUCAGAUUCACCCACGGUGUCAGAUUCCGAGCUUCAGGCACAACGACUGGAAGAAGCUCGGGCGCAGCCAGUGCAGAACAGUGACAAUCGUCAACCUCCAGCAUCCGGCGUGACGACAGCCUCUGAAGCAGGCUCGGCCAUGGCUGAUUUUUUGCCAAGGCCACGUGCUGGACGACUUGACGAAGAGGCCGCGGAACCCAUCAUGUCUCUGCCAGCAACACCGACGGCAUCUGACUUUGAGCUUGAGUUUGAUUCCCUGACAGAACUUCAAGAAGAUGAUGCACCAUGCUCUUCCAUGCCAGAUCUGCGGGCCAAAACCACUUCAGAGAGUGGAAACCCUGCCGCAAAGGCUGAGCCCACGCAGCACCCUUGCUCUUUGCUGGGCAAGCAAAGUGAGGCUGCGUCAAUGCCACGCCUGAGAUCAGACAAGCGAGCCAAGACGACGCGCUCGCGCCUGAUCCACAAGGCGGCGGCUGACAAGUUUCUGGAUGCGCUGAGUCUCAAGCCGUCUGGAAAGCUCAACAUACCUGUCCCGAAUCAGACGACACAUGCACCCGGUGCCAUCUCGUGGGGCACAGUACCGACGAGUGCAACACUGAUUUUGAUUCUGCCACACAAGAAUGUUGCGCCAGAUGUGGCAUGCCAUCUAGGAUCGGCGGCCAUCCCUUGA